AGAAGAAAUUUGAGCUUUGCUGAAAGGCAUCAGAAAUUAGUAGAUGAAAACUAUUCCAAAAAAUUGCAUAUCAAAGCACUAGAAAAGAUAGACAGUCAAGUCAGGGACCUGAAGGUGAAGAAUGAAAAUGAUGACCAUGUGGAACGCAAGAGAUUCCUCAGAUUAUUACAGAAUGAACAAUUCGAGUUGGAUAUGGAAGAGGCCAUUCAAAAGGCAGAAGAAAACAAAAGAUUGAGGGAACUCCAACUUGAACAAGAAGAAAAAUUGGCUUCAGAGUUGGCAAAACUAAAACAUGAACGUCUAAAGGAUGAAAAGAUGAGGCAACAAGUAAGAGAAAACAGUAUUGAGCUCAGAGAAUUGGAGAAGAAGUUAAAAGCAGCCUACAUGAAUAAAGAAAGGGCAGCUCAGAUUGCUGAAAAGGACUCCAUUAAAUAUGAGCAAAUGAAACGUGACGCUGAAAUAGCUAGAGCCAUGAUGGAAGAGCAUGAGAGAGUAAUAGAGGCAGAGAAUGCUGCAAAGGACAGACGAAACAAAAUAAAAGCACAAUACUAUGAUGACUUAGAAAAACAACUUGAAGAACAAGAACAAAAAAAGCAGGAAGCUUAUGUGCAGUUGCUGAAAGAGAAGCUCAUGAUAGAUGAAAUUGUUAGGAAAAUCUAUGAAGAAGAUCAGCUGGAAAAACAACAAAAGUUAGAAAAAAUGAAUGCAAUUCGAAGAUAUAUGGAAGAGUUUCAGAAAGAGCAAGCUCUCUGGAGACAAAAGAAACGUGAGGAGAUGGAGGAAGAAAACCGAAAAAUUAUAGAGUUUGCCAACAUACAGAAGCAAAGAGAAGAAGAUCGGAUGGCAAAAGUUCAAGAGUAUGAGGAAAAAAGACUACAACUUCAGAAUGUGCUGACUCAGAAAUUAGAAGAAAUGCUACGGCAACGUGAGGAUUUGGAACAAGUGCGACAGGAAUUAUACCAGGAAGAGCAAGCUGAAAUAGAUAGGAGGAAACUAAAAGAAGAAGAAGAAAUGAAAUUGAGAAAGCAAAAAGAGAUGAAGCAAAAUUUUGAAGAGCAAAUGGCACUGAAGGAGCUAGUACUUCAGGCUGCAAAAGAGGAAGAAGAGAUCUUCAGAAAAGCUACACUAGCUAAACUAGCUGAGGAUGAUCGAAUUGAAUUAAUGAAUGCUCAGAAACAGAGAAUGAAGCUACUAGAACACAGGAAGGCCGUGGAAAAACUUAUUGAAGAACGUCGCAACCAGUUCCUUGCAGACAAAGAACGUGAGCUGGAAGAAUGGCAAUUACAACAAAGAAGACAAGGUUGUAUUAACACAAUAAUUGAAGAAGAAAGACUAAAACUUCUCAAAGAACAUGCUACAAAAUUACUAGGAUAUCUCCCUAAAGGAGUAUUUAAAAAAGAGGAUGAUAUUGAUAUGCUUGGUGAAGAGUUUAGGAAAGCAUAUCAGAAAAGAAGUGAAGUUUGUGAAGAAAAGUGAGAUCAUCGAACUUUGGUAAAACCAAGAUUGUUUUGUAUGUUACCACUAGAUGUCAGUGUAACUUUGGUUUUACAAUUUGGUGACUUGGCCUAAAAUAUCACUAUCUCAUAAUUUGUAAACAGUUAUCUGUAAGAA